GAGGUUCACAAUCAUCUUCGCACUGCGCCUCGUUUUCCGCUCUACUCUUCAAAUGCGAUAUACUUCGGCUGCGAUUCUCGCCCAAUUUCACGUCUCGCUCGAUCAGAGAGUACCUUCUUAAUUUCUGAUCGGUGAAUCCAAGUUUUGGAAGUUCACAAUUUGGAGAAUCGACCCGGAGAUGAUAAGCUUGCGUGCGGUGUUUAGCACCGGGAUACUACCUGCUGGGCACACAGAUUGGAGAAAAGACGGUGUAUUACAAAAGAUUGAUGCCAGGGUGAAUUCAUCUGCAUCAACUUACAAUGCAAGGACGUACGGGCUAUCUUCCAGUAGUGUGCGCAGACCUUCAUCCGGGUCUGGAGGCUUGCAACAUUUCUUCAUCCCGAGAGCCGUGGAUCAGAGUGAAGUACAAACAGACGAAUACCACUGGAGCAAGGACGUUGAUGACAAUAAUGCCGCAGAAAAUGCUGCGGAGAUAGCAGAGGAUACUAUGCAGGGAGUGGCUCGUGUCGGCUCUCGUGGAGAUCAAGGGCACCAUGUCCAGGAGAAGGGCAGCGGCAGCGCACUCGAGGCUGUCACGGACUCCGCGAGUCAGGCAGCACAAACAAUGCGGAGUAAUUUGAUGAAAGCAGGAAAUUUCGUUGCGGGAAACGAUGCUGACGUCACGGAAGAUUCUCAAAGCUCCGCAAGGACAGGGACGUUGGAACCACAGGAUGAUCCAGCCGACACGAUGAUAGAGAAAUUCGACGGGAAUUUGGAGGCAGAGGAUCUAUCAGAAUCGGACAGGGAUAGUAACAAUGCUGCAGAGAAGGUAAAAGAAACUUCAACUGGACUCGCCAACGCUAGACAGAACGAGCGAGGAGAAGAUUCCACGGCCCAGGUUGACGAGUUCGGCAGUGAUUUUGGGGAGCAAGCCAGGCACUUCCAGGACAACGUUCAGGAACAAGCACAAGGUUUUGUAGAGAGUAUCAAAAGCGGGGCAACGAGAGCAUCCGAGCAAGUGCAGGCUGCAGGGAAAGACAUUAUGUCCAGAGCCGAUCAUGUGCUGGGACGGUCGACUGAUGACGAUGAGGAAGACAGCAAAGUCUUGAAACUGAAACCUGAGGACUUCGAAGAAGGUUAUAUAGAGAUUGACGAUGGAUCAGCCAAGGAGAGCAUUCUUUUGUAAAGUACGCUCAACAGGGUGCAAGGGAGAUCCUGAAAUCCUAAACUCUUUUGAUUCAGCUGUCCCUGUUCAUUUACUGAUAUUCUCUCUCCCAAACGUUUUGAAGGUUUGGGUCCUGUCAUUUCUGUCUUAUACAAUCUCCAAAGUUCUGGAAACUUAGAGGGAGGAACAAAUAUAGUAGAAUAUAAAGGAAUGCAUAAAUUGCAGCAUUCGACUUUUUCAUAUAGAUGUUACUUGGUGCAAAACGAUGUCUUGCACCAGUGAUUGGUUCCCUUAACGUGCGGUGUACGACUGUACAGAUUCGUCAAAGAGCAUCUGUUCUACCUCUGUUUAUUUAUCUCGAUUUCGUUUUUUCGGUCUUUCAAUUUCGUCACGAAGACGGAGACUGAUUGGAGUCCCAAACUGUGCAACGAGGAUUUUUUUCCAUCACGCAUCCAAUCACGCAUUGACACUUAUUCUACUCAUGGGCCAAAGUCAAUUUGACUAUGACACGCGUCAAGAUUCCAACUGAUCCGGAGACUAAGGUCUG